UGGCGCGGCGGCGCGGUAGUUCGCGCGUCUGGAGUCUGGUAUCGCGGCGUCCGCGUACGCCAGACUCAGUAUCUGGCACCAAUUCUGGCCCUGUCACUUGUGAUCCAUGGUUCUUGUGAAUGCCGAAGAUUUCCAGGCAAUUUCUGUGGAAAGCCUCCCUGACAUCUCUGAUCAAGCACCAUAGAAACAAGAGAUUACCUGAUCAAACCUGUGAGGACUGUGUUCUGACUGCCACGACGGUCAGUACUGACACCAGAAUGACUACCACUCUCAAGUUGUUGAAAUCCGUAGGAAAUCGAGUGUUUUGCAGUCCUUUAGCGUGCAGCGCAGCCCAUAGAGUGGCAUACUGGAAUGUGGGAUGCUGUGCACAGCACAGGGGACAAGAGUCUCCAGAACACAGUAGCCUGUACCAUCCGGCCAGAAAAGUUAAGAACAUUUGUAGUGUUGCCUCUUCCCAGGGGAUCCUGACCACCAGCUGUGCCCUCCUGGGUGUGGACUUUUGCAGGGCUUCUGCCUCUAAGGCCAGCACAGUGAAGCCAGGCUCUCUCAGGGCCAUCAGAACUCAUGAAGAGAGUAUAGAAGUUUAUGAUUCCCUUGAAGACCCCCGAAUUUUCCUACAGCUAAGACCAGAAUAUCAACUUCAUAGCUAUAGCAGAUCUGAGGCUUGUCAGCCUCUGUCUGUUUCAGAAGGUGAACUCAUUUUGCACAAAGUCACAGUUUAUCAAGAUAAUCUCCAGCCUCAAAUCAUUGUAGACUAUUUCUGUAAGCUGAGCUCUCUGCCUGCAGAGCAGCGUCCUGUUUUGCUGUCCAAUACCAGUUUUGCUCUGCUCUGCCAGCUGAGCAUAAAAAAUAUAGAGGUCUUUGCUGCUCCAGAUCUGAUCAGUAUUUUGAAAGCCUUUGUCAGUUUAGGAAUCCCUCACUCCCAUUCAAUGCUAGAUGUUUAUGAAACCAAAUUUUGCCAUAAAGUGUGGGAGAUGAGUCUCGAUCAGCUUCUCUUGGUAGCCGACCUCUGGCGAUAUUUGGGCCGAAGAGUACCUCGGUUUUUAGAGAUUUUUUUUAGUUACCUUAAUUUGCAUUGGAAAGAUUUAUCCUUGUCCCAGUUGAUUCACUUAAUAUAUAUUAUAGGUGAAAAUCGUCAGGUUCCUCAGGACCUAAUGCAGAAACUGGAAUCAUUGGUUCUCAAGUAUAUAGAUUUAAUCAAUUUAGAGGAGGCUGGUACAAUCUGUUUGGGGUUCUUCAAAUCAAGUAGUAGCCUCUCUGAAUUUGUCAUGCGGAAAAUUGGAGAUGUGGCUUGUGCUGACAUGCAACAUCUGAGUAGUUAUGCCUUAGUGAAUAUUCUUAAAAUGUUCCGUUUCACUCAUGUGGAUCACACAGAGUUCAUGAAACGAUUCGGACAGAUUGCUCCUCACCGAAUUUCUUCUCUGGGAGUUCAGGGUGUUAUGCACCUGACCCUUGCCUGCUCGGCCUUACGGUUCCUGCACGAAGGGGUAAUGAAUGCUGUGGCAGCUUCUCUGCCACCCAGAGUAACAUACUGCCGAAGUAAAGAUGUCGCCAAGAUUCUGUGGUCAUUUGGAACUCUGAAUUAUAAGCCGCCCAAUGCAGAAGAGUUUUAUACUAGCCUGAUAAAUGAAAUUCACAGAAAGUUACCUGAAUUCAACCGAUACCCAGAACACCUGCCCACUUGUCUGCUGGGCCUGGCAUUUUCUGAGUGUUUUCCAGUAGAACUAAUUGAUUUUGCUUUGAGUCCAAGGUUUGUCAGGUUAGCUCAGGAGAGAAGUAAGUUUGAACUCAUUAAGGAGUUGUGUACUCUUGAUGGAACAGUUGGCAUUGAGUGUCCAGACUACGGAGGCAGCCGUCUUAGUUCUCAGCUUCAGCAUGAGGGGUCAGAAAUUCUGUGGAAUUUAGCAAGAAAUGAUAUGAACGCAAAGCCUGAAUUCCUCGAAGCGCUCUCUUUACUUGAGACCAUGUUGGGUGGUAGUCAGUAUGUUAAACACCAUAUGAUUUUGCCUCAUACCCGAUCCUCUGACUUAGAGGUCCAGCUUGAUGUUAACAUGAAGCCACUGCCAUUCAACACAGAUACCACACCAACUGAAGAUAUAGCCAAAUUGAGGCUGAAGCACGUGGGAGUUAGCCUUACAGAUAACUUGAUGAAUCAGCUACUAAAAGGGAAAUCAAGAGGACAUUUCCAGGUUGACAAAUUGGGAGCCAUGGAGAUCACUGGCUUCUCCCCCCCAGACUGUGUACAGCACCCGCAAGUGAAACUGGCUAUUCAGUUGACAAACAGGAACCAGUACUGCUAUGGUUCUAGGCAUCUACUUGGACUGCACAAUAUGAAGAGGCGGCAGUUGAAUCGACUAGGAUACCGAGUGGUAGAGUUAGCCUACUGGGAAUGGUUCCCGCUACUGAAACGAACUCGCCUAGAAAAGCUGGCAUACCUCCAUGAGAAAGUGUUCACUUCUGCUCUCUGAAGGGCCUUAUUGCCAAUCAUAAAUGCUAUAGACGUUCACUGUACCAGGUGUUAGGACACAGUUCUAAAAGCCAGAAUGUAGGCUCGGUAACAGAGGAGACUCAGUUGUGCUCUUGUGAGAGCCUGACUGAGGCUUAUGGGUGUUACAGUGAAUUAUAGUUUGGUCCACCAGUACAAGUUGCUCAUUUGUGCAAGUAAAUAAUAAACAUCUUUAAAUAUCCUGUAAUCAAGUCCUUCCUAUCUUUUUUUUUCUUUGUUUAUGGUUUUGUCUCACUGUUACUUUGAACUUUUAGGAUAAUAAUGUAGUUUGACAUUAUCUAAGCCAGUUUUUUAAAAGUGGUUUUCAUAUACUUUGUUUCAAAAUAAGAAUUUUUUAUGACUUCACUUACAUUUCUCCCUCCCCCCCAUGUUUCUAUUGUAACCUCUAAAAUGAAUGUCAUUUCAUUGUUGUUUAAAUUUGGUUAAAUGUCCUUUGUUGCUGCUUAUUCUUUCUUUAAAGA